AUGAAUAGCAGAAUUGAUGUUCUUGCCACCAGCAGCACUGAGACAAUUACUGCUAUUGAUAGUUUAAGCAGGGCCCCCCUCGUUUCCUCUGCCAAUAUAAUAGCUAAUGUUGCUCAGUCUGCCUUCAACGCUCCGUCUGGGUUUAGCAAGAAGGCCUAUAAUGAUGUUUAUGCCCAUAUUCGUAAUCUCAUGUGGGAUCUCAAGCUGAAAACAAGAAAUCAAGUUGAUAUCCUGGCAAAUGAGAGUAAGCCCAGAUGGAAUACAAAUGUUUUCACUACGGUGGGAUGA